UCCGGGAAGGAGCAGCCGAGAUCCCAUUCCCAGUUCCUUCCCGGUUUUCCUGCUCUCAGCUCCCGGCGUGAUCCCGUUUUUCCAGCCGGGAUGGGGUCGGGAAUCCUUCCCGUGGUGCUGGGGUUGAUCCUUUGGAAUUCCGUCGGAGCUUCCGAUCCCUGCCGGGAGAAUUCCAGGUGCCGGGAUCUGGGCAGCGAGGCCGGAAUUCUGGCCUGCGCGGGAUCGUGCCGGGCCCAGCUUUCCUUGGAAUCUCCGCUCUUUCCCGGGAACGGGCAAUUCCAGCCGCUCUCCGAGAGCCUCCGCCGGUACGUCAUGAGCCACUUCCGAUGGAACCAGUUCGGCCGGAAAAACAGCAGCGACGCCGGGAUGAGGAAACGGGAAGAGGGAACCGGAAGCGAUCCCGGAAUUCCCUUUUCCCGGCGCUCGGAAGAGGCGGGAAAGGACGGGAAGCGCUCGUAUUCCAUGGAGCACUUCCGAUGGGGAAAACCCGUGGGGCGCAAGAGGAGGCCGGUCAAGGUUUAUCCCAACGGAGCCGAGGAGGAAUCGGCGGAGAAUUCCCAGCUGGAAUUCCGGCGGGAAGAGCCGUCGGAAGAAGAGGAGGAGGAGGAGGAGGAAGAGGCGGAAUUCCCGUGGAAUUCCCAGAAGGAGAAACGCUACGGGGGUUUCAUGAGCCCGGAGAGGGUCCGGACGCCGCUGGUGACGCUCUUCAAGAACGCCAUCGGGAAAAGCUUUUCCAAGGAUGGGCAGUGAUGGAAAAAACGGGAAAAUCCGGGAAAAAAAAAAAAAAAAACAACGGGAAAAUCCCGGAAAAAACCGGGAAAAAUCCAGGAAAAAAAAACCGGAAAAAUCCCACGGG